UUUCAGCUUUACCAACAGGGUCGCUUAUGCCAGCUGGGUAGUGAAUUUUGUGAACUAGAAGUUUUUGCAAAGGUGCUACGAGCUUUAGAUAAAAGACAUCUGCUUCAUCACUGUUUUCAGGCUUUGAUGGACCAUGGAGUAAAAGUUGCUUCUGUACUGGCCUAUUCUUUCAGUAGACGGUGCUCCUACAUAGCAGAAUCCGAUUCUGCUGUAAAAGAAAAAGCAAUCCAGAUUGGUUUUGUUUUAGGUGGCUUCCUAUCAGAUGCGGGCUGGUACAGUGAUGCUGAGAAGGUAUUUCUUUCCUGCCUUCAGUUAUGCACCCUUCACGAUGAAAUCCUUCACUGGUUUCGUGCCGUAGAAUGUUGUGUAAGGUUGCUGCACGUUCGAAACGGGAACUGUAAAUAUCACUUGGGAGAAGAAACAUUCAAACUCGCUCAGUCUUACAUGGACAAACUGGCAAAGCACGGUCAGCAAGCGAACAAAGCGGCGCUCUACGGGGAGCUGUGUGCACUGCUCUUUGCCAAGAGCCACUAUGAUGAGGCUUAUAAAUGGUGUAUAGAAGCUAUGAAGGAGAUCACAGUUGGCCUGCCUGUAAAAGUAGUAGUGGAUGUUUUACGACAAGCUUCAAAGGCUUGUGUUGUAAAACGGGAAUUUAAGAAGGCUGAACAGCUGAUAAAACAUGCAGUAUACCUUGCCCGGGAGCAUUUUGGAGCCAAACACCCCAAAUACUCUGACACGCUACUAGAUUAUGGAUUUUACUUGCUCAACGUAGACAACAUAUGCCAGUCUGUCGCCAUCUACCAGACAGCUCUUGAUAUCCGGCAGUCAGUAUUUGGAGGGAAAAACAUACAUGUAGCUACAGCUCAUGAGGACUUGGCGUACUCCUCAUACGUUCACCAGUACAGCUCUGGAAAAUUCGACAAUGCACUAUUCCACGCUGAACGUGCUAUUGGCAUUAUAACUCACAUUCUCCCAGAAGACCAUCUCCUCUUGGCAUCUUCAAAGAGAGUUAAAGCACUUAUCCUGGAGGAGAUUGCGAUAGACUGUCACAACAAGGAGACUGAGCAGAGGUUACUUCAAGAAGCUCAUGACUUACACCUGUCCUCGCUCCAGUUAGCUAAAAAAGCCUUCGGGGAGUUUAAUGUACAGACAGCAAAACACUAUGGCAACCUGGGGAGACUGUAUCAGUCCAUGAGAAAGUUUAAGGAAGCAGAAGAAAUGCACAUCAAGGCAAUUCAGAUUAAGGAGCAGCUUCUAGGUCAAGAAGAUUAUGAAGUUGCCCUGUCAGUGGGUCAUCUAGCUUCUCUCUAUAAUUAUGAUAUGAAUCAAUAUGAAAAUGCUGAAAAGCUUUAUUUGAGAUCCAUAGCAAUUGGAAAGAAGCUUUUUGGCGAAGGAUACAGUGGACUUGAGUACGAUUACAGAGGUCUCAUUAAACUGUACAAUUCCAUUGGCAAUUACGAGAAAGUUUUUGAAUACCACAAUAUUUUGGCCAAUUGGAACCGGUUGCGGGAUCGGCAGUUCUCAGUUACAGAUGCUCUGGAGGACGUAAGCACCAGCCCUCAAUCCACUGAAGAAGUGGUCCAGUCUUUUCUGAUGUCUCAGAACAUUGAUGGACAGAGUAGCUAAGAACUUGGUCAAUUAACCAGUUACGGUUUUUUCCCCCAGGUUACAGGGGGAAAAGUCAUACUGUGAAAUCUAAACCAUGUAGUUCUCUGGGGGCUGGAAUUUGCAUUGAAACACUGGUCCAGUCUACUGAAGAGUGCCCAUACGGAUGAAUGUGUGUUAAAUUCUUAUCAGCAUGUGUAUGGCAUGUUUAGUUCGGCUCACAUUUUUAACGAUAUUCCCGAAAAAUCCCUUCUGUCUUCUUUCGAAAGAAGCUACUUUGCAGAAAGUCUGCAAGAAAACCUUAAAUAAAACUGUUUGAGUUCAAAAGAGUUGCAUUCUUAUUAUGAAUGGAAGGUUUCACCAAGAGCUUUCUUCUGAUCUAUAGAAGAAUAAGUGCUGUACUAUAAGAAGUUACACGGGGAAGGUCGCUCUACUGUAUGCAUUGUAGCAAAGCUAAUCGUAACGAUCAAGAAAAGGGAGGAUGCCCUAGCCUUGGCUGCUGCCUUACGGAGAAAAGUGGCAAAGAACCACUUUGGAGAGCAACAUACCCUGUGAGAACCACGACAGGUUGUUGUUGUUGUUGUUAAUACCCUGAACUGGACCAGUGUUCGUCUGUAAGCGAUAGAAGACCAGUAGACCAGCAGCCUUAGCGCUCUUGGGUACCGACCGAGAGUGCUGAUCUGAACAGGACCAGGAAAACCACAAGUGGACCAGCCUGCUAGAAACAGUUUUUGGACCAGUGGCUUUAAUUUAAUAUUUCUGCCCCUGCAUUCACUUUUACAGUAGAAUUAUUUCAUUUAGAUGUAUGAUCAGUGCAAAAUUAUAUUCAUGUAAUAGAUACAAAACUAGGAAGUGAACGUUCUUUAGCGGUUGCGAUGGCAUGUCUUUACCUAGUAAGCUUAUACAAUUAUUAAUGUCGAUGCCACAAGCGAAGACUAGAAACGCUUUUUUUUUUUUUUUUUUUUUUUUUUUUUUUCCUUUUUGAAUGGGCUUACUCUAAUAAUUGAGGCAGUAACUUGUUUAUACCAGUUAAUAGUUUUGUAUUACAAUCCAGUUCAAUUUUAUGUUUCUGGAGAACACAACUUAUUGUACAGUUUGCAGGGGUCAGCGGAAAAUGCCAAAAAGCACAACAGGUCUUUUUUUGUGAUGCUUCAUUUCUACAUUAAACAAUAGUACAACCAGAAACUGAUUCCUUUAUAUUAAUUUAAAAAGCAGAAGUCAGCUGUAAAGCUCCUUUCAUAAUGCCUAUCUCACUAGCUUGUCUUAAUUUUUCUUCUGUUGGGGGGGGCUGCUUGGUUGUGUGAUUUUAUUUUUUGUUUUUGGUUUGGGUGUUUUUUGCUUUUGAUGAUUUUUUUUUUUAAUGUUGAAGUAAUACUCAUUGGAAAGUCUGUGUAACAUAGCAAACUAGGAACAACUCACUGCUGUUACCUCAGUUCUUAUAGCGGCACAGCCGGUGCUCCGAGUGUUUGGAUUCUGUCAGUUUGGGGGUUUCUCCCUUUCCCCCCCUAUUUUCAGGGCUUUAACUUGGCCAUGGAGGGUCAGUCCAAGCGGAGGCUCGGCGAGCACGGUUCUGUGGGACUUGGACUGGAUGUUUGGUUCGGGGUCUGGUUUUAAAUCUGCCUUUGAAGUUUAGGGCAGGGGAAGCUGCUUGUUGGUCUUCAAGGAGUACGGAGAAGUAGUAGAAAUUUCAGACACAACUUUGAGCUUAAUGGCUCUUUCAAGAACUGAAAUUUUACAGGCCAAUAGUUCAUAUACUGGUGCCUUCAAGUACAUUUCUGGGGGAAAGGUUGAAUAAUACCAACUUUGAAAUGCGGUUAUGUAAUUAGCGAAUGCAGGUUUAAUGAUUGCAUACUUGGCAUAUCUUCAUUGAUGUGAAAAGAAGUAUUUGCAUAAAAAAAAAACCUGUGGCAUUAAGAUUUAGACUGCAGUAUAUCCUCGACGGCUGUUCACUGAAAAUCCAACUUAUCAUUAUGCGUGGAUUUAAAAUCUAAUUUAUUUAUAGCAAUUUUUGUUUAUGACUGCAAGCAAAUUCAGCCAUCUACAAAGCAAAACAUUUUUAUCCCUGAAUGCCUAUACAGCGGGGCACUGUUGAAUUUAAAAGUUCUUAGGACUUCUUUUCUUAAGGCCUGUUAAAACUACUUAAAAUUAAAUGAAGUACGUAACGCUUGUGUCAGAAUUUGGGCAGGGAAGGUGUGCUUCAACUUAUCCUGAAGAAGCUGUGUCAUUUGCAGAAGCGUUUAAAAGCUUCAAACUUGGGUACGUGGAGUUACACUCAGAUUGUCUGGAGCUUGUGUAUCUGCUCAGGGUUUCCAGUCUCGGGUCUCCAGUUCCAGCUUUUGCCUAAGGAAUCUCACAGGUCUCGAGGUUUUGUGGUUGGAACGAGGAGUGGUUUUGAUCCCAGUGCUAGUGGUUUAUGUGACCCACCGCUGGUUUGUGUCUGUGUUUCACACUUUGCCUUCUGGCUCGGGCAGGUCAGGCAGUCGUCAGCUUCUGUCUGACAGCCAAAUGCAGGCGUUCAGCUUGUUUAAUCGGUGGCUUCUCAAAUCUUGCAGGAUGGAUGUACUUUUCUUUCCUAAAGCUGCUUCACCAGCACAUUAAAUACUUCAGUGCGUUGGCUUCUCUGGAAGGGAUUAAGGUCCUAAAAGUCACCCAGAAUUCUCUUGGAUAAUGGAUUUAGGUCAAGAAAUGUGACUUGGCCAGGAGUAGCUGCCACACUCCCGGUGAGACUGCUCAUGUCUUGCUCGUGGGACUGAAUUAGAGCCUGACUUGACUAUCGGGUUGAGCUUCUUGGAGCAUCCCUGUGCCUCCAGCCCUGCCACGGCACGUAAAUUGGGGGACAGGGACGCUGUGGCUGAUGGCUGAGGCUGGUAAAGCGGGGGAGGUUUGAACAACUCCGCAGCCACCUGCAGAACACUGCUGCCCGCCUGCAUGCCCCAGCUGGGAGCCUUCCCCUAACGCUGUCCUUGCUGUGGAUGUGGUACUUACUCUCUGUUUAAUAACAUAAACCUGACCUUUUGAGUUCUUGGUUCUGCAUCUCUGGGAUUGAGCUCUUGGAAGGUGCCCGUGUUGGCAGCUGGAGCCUAGUUGCAACGUGGUGUUAGGUGUUAACUGCUGUUACUGCCUCUGCUCGUACGGCUUGUUGGUAUUUCUGAGGACAGAGGAGUCCCGCAGGUGACUUCAGAGGGAAGUAAAUGACUUGUCCCUCCGUGCCGCUGUGGCUGGAGUAGAUCUUGGAGUAUUACUCGAUAGUCCGUGACUUCUGCACCAGGCAGGGUUAGAGGAGCAGCGGGUGCCAUCCCCUACAUUCUCCAUACGUGUUCUCUGCAGUUUUCCGGUGUGGGACUCGCCCCCCACAGACCCUGCACCUCCCUGUCCCCACUGAGAGGCAGAGCCGGGGAGUCCCCUCCCGCCCCGGCACAGGGGAGGGGGGUGCUGGGGACGGGGCUGUCCCUUGGCCUCGCGCGCCGGGAGGACUCGUGGCCCUCGUGACCCGGGUACCCAACUGUGAAACCCGAGAGAAGUUAAUUAAUUAUUGGCGUUUUAUAGAGGCACAAUGCACCCGCCACUCACUGAGUGGGUGCUGGUGGGUGCUGGCAUUAGAGGGGGAGACCCGUGAGUGGAAAUCCAGAGGAAGGCAUCUGCCAGGUUUUUGUGAAGGUAAGUCAUUUAAUCACACCGCAGUAAUUGGAUGCCAGUGGUGAGGACAAGGGUCACUUUAAAAUUAUUUUAACUUUUUUUUUUUUAAUUAAACCUUUAAUAUUUUAUUUUCAGCAGAACGUUGUUUGAAUCGGUAAUUUCUAUGUCCUAUUUUACGUGAACACUGCAGUGAGUAAAGAGGGAGGAAGGUGUUGGCAGGAUUCCUCUGCUGUUCUUGGGACCGGGGCUGUUGGGCGUGACUCGUUAGGGGAGAAGUACACCAAGAUUUUGAGCUGACAAAAGGGGGAAGGGACAAGUUGCAGAAAGAGAUUUGAAAAUAAAUAGAUCCCUCAGCUGCUUGAAGUAAAACAACUAAUGACUCUUUGGCCCCAAACAGUAGUUUGGUCACUUUUAUGGUGUGAUAUUAAUGACACCCAGGAAGCGUCUGCCUGGGUGUCCUUGUCUCGUGUGUGCUCCUUGUAGCGAGACCUUCUGGUUAAGACUUUUUUUUUUUUUUCUUUCUUUUUGCACACAGUUUUUGUUAAAUAAUUUUGAAGGGUUUGUGUUGUUGAAUUCUAACUUAUUAGGACAACGAUGUUCUUUCGUAACUUUAAAAAUGAAGUUUUUCCUUUAAAUGUGCUGCAGUCUGAAAUUUGCUAAAGGUGCCAUUGCGCUGCUUCUCAUGGUACAAAAAAAAUGCGCGUUUGACUUGAUUUCGAUAGUCCUACGUAUUGGUAGAGUACAAAAAGGAAAGUGCAUCGUGCCUAAAACGUGAUUGAAGCUAUUGACAAAAACUUCACUUGAUUUGUGUGGGUCGGAUUUGAGUUCGCAGGCUAGCAGCAAAUCGGGUGGGGGGGAUGUUGCUAUAUCCAGUCUUUAAACUGAGAUCCUUCCCCCUGCUGCCUGUGCAGAAAACUUUUAUUUUAGCUAAAGGUCGUUGUUUCCCUUUUUUUUUUUUUUUUUUUUUCUUUUUUUCCUUUUGUAACAAGAAAAUUACUGGCCAAAUGUUGGUUGCAAAUCUGACUCUCCGUGGUGAGUGUCUCCACGUUUGACACAGCCUGUUGCACGUUGUGUCUCUUGGCCUCGCGAGGGUUUCUGUGAGAAGCGGGGAAGAAAUCUCCUUUACCUAGAAAUAAAUUAAACUGCGUACAAAAAAUUGGCGGCGCUGGUAAUGCUUUUGUCCCUACAUCUCAGGAAUGUUUUAGGCAGUGAAACAGGUUUUUUCCCUUUGGUGAUAUAAAGGUGCGUGCUCUAGGGUCUUGUUUUAACAAUAUUUCAUUGCAAUCCUAGGUAUCUAUAGCAUGAGUGGCCUUAGUGAGUUUGUUGAAGUGCACAUUUUUUUUUUUUCCAGAAGUAAAUUUUAAGAUGAAAAAGAUAUAUACUAUAUAAAUAUAUAGAGAUAUUUAGAAACUUGGUUUGUGGUGCACAAGUUCAGUGUUGGAUCGCUAAAUAAUUGUCGCAGGUACCAUAUGUGUAACUUUUUUCUUUUAUGUAUAUUCCUUUAUGGGAAGUGAUGUUGCCAUGGUAACUACAACUUUACAAUUUCUUUACUACUUAAUGAUGUGAAUGAACUCUACAUUUUAUUGAAUAUUACCAGGUUCAGUACUAUUUUUAUACUUUAUUGAACUACAGGGGAUUUUAAUUUAAUAGCAUUUUAAAAAAGAUGUUGCUUGAACUGUAUAACUGUAUAAAUCGAACUACUUACACAAAACCCACCUCUAAACCAGAUUCUCUACCUGUAGUGCCACAUUCAUUGAUAUGAGAGUAUCUUAAACAUUACUAGACUUUGCAGACCACCCUACUUGUCGUGUCAAGACUAACGUUUCGUAUCCUCCUUCUCACAGACUGCAGUGCCCGACAUUAUUUGUAACCAUCAAACCAUACUAUGUUUGUAACCAGCAUUGUGAUAUUCUGUAAUUGUAUUGCUAAAAUGAAAUAUUGACCUAAUAAAUAUAGUGUUCCCGCA